AUCAGCGAUCAGCGUAAACAUUCAACAGCUGUUUUCAAUUCCAUCGCUCGUGAAGGAAUUCAAAUUGAUAAGCAAAUAAUAUUUUUAAAUUCAUAAUCACUGACUGAGCCACAUCGAAUAAAAAAAAUGUCCGUCGUCGUCGUCGUCAACCCGACGAACCAGUUCUACGAAGGCUGCGGCCGCGAAGGACCCAUCCGGUGCAUUUUACUAAGUGAAUUUCACGCCGUAGCCGGAUCGAAAAUUUGCUGCCAGGUACCGGACAACUACAUCUCCAAGGACGUGUUCGAUUCGAUCCGGUUUUUCAUCAUUCCGAAACCGCAGCUGCAGCGCUGUACGCUGACUGUCAACGCCCUCGGCCACAAAGUAAUCGGCUAUCCGGUUCGGAUCGAUCACCAGCGUUACCCCCGGAAUGCAUUUUACUUCAAUCUGUGUUUUGUUUGUGACAGUUGGGCCCGUUCCGUGCAGUACGAACCGGUGGUGAAAAAGCUAUCCGAGUAUCUGCUAAUGAUGGAAGAGGAAACGGCGUUCCUAUCGAAUGCGGAGCACAAUUUUCGUAUCCAGCAGCUGUUGAGUUGUAUUCUGAGGGAUUUGAACGAGAAGCAGGUGGCAACGAUUGUGGAAGGCGAAACGACAAUCUAUUUGAAAAUUGCGAAAUUAAAACCGGAUCCGCCGCCGGUACAGGACCAUCAGGUCCCGCUGAUCUGUAAAGGAUUUGAGAAUAUUUCGCUGGAAGCGUGGGAUCUGACGACCCAGCAGGUAGUUCCGUUUAUCAACGGAGUUAAUCAUGUGGCUCGAAUAGCCGCGGAAGCGGACGUAGAGAAUCAGCUGGUUAAAUCUUGCAUUCAGAAUCUGGUUUACUAUGGGGUGGUUCAGUUGCUGCCGCUGUUGAAGUAUAGUAACGUGUACAUGUGUACGAGGAAUUUGCAGAAUCUGAGCAAGGAUCGGCAGUUUGCGGAGGACUGUCGGCGGUACGUUCGGUUUGAGACGGAAAAGGAAUCGUUGCAGCGGUUACCGUCACUGCAUAAGAUUUUGCAGCUGUACUCGCAGAUGACGCACGGGGUUACGUUGAGGGCGCUGUGUCAGCGUAUUUGUCCGCGGGAUAAUGGGAUCGACGAGCGGAAGUUGGUAAGCUUUGGACUGCAGCACUGCUUGAUUCGGUGUAUUAAUAAGUAUCCGAUUUUUACCGGUUCGUAUCCGAAUGCGAGACACAAACUGUACACCGGGUUGAAUAGUUUGGAUGAGAUUUGCUGUAAGACGGGGUUGUCACCGAGGCGGAUCGAGGAGGAUAUCGAUGUGGACUCGAAUGUUACCGUUAUUUGGAAGUGAUUGAUUGGGCGGUUAAGUAGAAUUUUAUGAAGUAUGCUGAACUUGAAUGAUUACG